UGUCGUCAUCAAUUUGCGACAAAAACGGGUGAAAGGUGUUUCAGCUGGUCUAAGGGUAAUUUGGGUACGUUAAUGCAGUGAAGAUGAACCUGAACAAACUACUGGUUUUGUCACGAUCGGUCAAAUUUGGGAGAAAUUUGGUCGCUGCACGAGUAGGAAGCGUGCAGUCACAGCGCUGCAUUACAUCCAGCGCGAGGAGUUUGGCAUAUGCUAAAGAUCUGUUCCUGGGAAAAGUAAACAAGGCAGAAGUAUUUCCUUACCCAGAAAUAAGCAAUGAAGAAUUGGAGGAGAUUAACCAACUUGUUCAGCCUGUGGAGAAGUUUUUUAAUGAAGACGUUGAUUCUAAGAAGAUCGACCACGAGGCGGUAAUACCUCCUGAGACUUUGAAUGGGCUAAAGGAACUGGGACUGUUUGGGAUCCAAAUACCUGAAGAAUAUGGUGGGCUGGGUCUGUCCAACACAAUGUAUGCCAGGUUAGGAGAGAUCACGUCUUUGGAUGGAGCCAUUGCAGUCACACUUGCAGCACAUCAAGCUAUCGGCCUGAAGGGCAUCUUGAUAGCUGGAAAUGAUGAGCAGAAAGCGAAAUACCUGCCCAAACUAGCAACAGGAGAACAUAUUGCAGCAUUCUGCCUUACUGAACCUGGAAGUGGCAGUGAUGCUGCAUCUAUUCAGACACGUGCCACACUGACAGAAGAUGGAAAACACUUUCUGAUAAAUGGCACAAAGUUUUGGAUUUCUAAUGGUGGAAUGGCCGACAUCAUGACUGUGUUUGCCAGAACUGAGGUUGUUGAUAAAGACGGUCAAAAGAAAGAUAAGAUCACAGCUUUCAUUGUGGAAAGGGCGUUCGGUGGCGUCACCAGUGGCAAACCUGAGGACAAGCUUGGCAUCAGAGGCUCAAACACUUGUGAAGUCGCGUUUGAAGACACCAAGGUUCCAAUCGAGAAUGUGAUUGGUGAAGUCGGUGGCGGCUUUAAGGUUGCCAUGAACAUUCUGAAUAAUGGACGCUUCAGCAUGGGCAGUGCAGGUGCAGGAAUGAUCAAGAAACUCAUCGAGAUGACGUCCGAAUAUGCCGGCACAAGGAAACAGUUCAACAGGAGCCUUGCUGAUUUUGGAAUGAUUCAGGACAAGUUUGCUACCAUGGCACUCAGUGCCUUUGUGAUGGAGAGCAUGGCCUAUCUCACUGCUGGAAUGAUGGAUCGACCUGGUGUUCCAGACUGUUCUUUAGAGGCUGCCAUGGUCAAGAUUUUCAGUUCUGAGGGCAGCUGGAUCUGUGUGAGUGAAGCUCUGCAGGUGUUAGGAGGUCUAGGAUUCACCAAAAACUACCCCUAUGAGCGCUACCUCAGAGACUGUCGCAUCCUCCAGAUAUUUGAAGGGACUAAUGAGAUUUUAAGGAUGUACGUCGCACUCACAGGAAUGCAGUAUGCUGGGAAAAUAUUAACAGCUAAAAUAAAGGAAAUGAAAAAGGGAAAUGUGGGCGUAGUGUUUGAGAUCUUGGGGAAGAAACUGAAGGACUCAGUGGGGAAGACGACAGACUUUGGACUUACUGGAAAAGAUGGUGUAGUUCACCCCAGUCUGACGGAGAGCGCCAAAAUGUUCGAGCAGAACGCUGCAUUUUUCGGAUCUACUGUGGAAAGCUUGCUGUAUCGAUACGGAAAGACAAUUGUUGAGGAGCAGCUGGUUCUUAAGAAAGUUGCAGACGUGAUGAUUAACCUCUACGCCAUGACAGCCGUCCUCUCCCGUGCCAGUCGCUCCAUAAGCAUCGGUCUGCGCAACCAUGACCACGAGGUGCUACUCGCCAACACUUUCUGCAAGGACGCCUUUUUCAAGAACAACUUCAUGAUGACUCAGCUUCAAAAAAAUUCCCCGGAGAGCAAUGAUGCCAACAUAAAGAAGAUUGCCCAGGAAGUCUUGGCAAAGAGGGCGUAUAUCUGCUCGCAUCCUCUGGACAGAACUUACUAAAUUGUGUCUUGUGACACCUGAAUGUCCAGCAUUAAGCUUGGGUGACAACACAGUCCGUCCUUAGCACUUAUUGGCUGAAGACGUUACAUAACGUUCAUACUCUCACUUCUGUAGAGAUGUUAAUGUAACUAUACAUAAACUGUAUAUUUUACUGUAUUAAACAUUAUUAAAACUGUAAUCAAACCGUA